CUCCUUCAACCAAACCAACACAUUUGAAGCUUUAUUUUUAGGCCUAAAUGUCUUCAAUGAGUACUUAGUACAAAGGCUUGAUCGUGCAUUAUCGUUUAAAAUCCGUUUGUUUUCAAGGGUUUCUUUCGUUGAUGCAGGAUGGCACCGAUUCAAAAGCAAGAUGCAGAAAGAGCACUCAGGCUAUUGGAAAUAUACCACAGCAAGCUUAGCUCCCCCCAAGAUGCUGCACUCAAAAAUGCAAUAGAAAGGGGCAUCAAACUUUUUAGAAGCAAGCUGUUCUUUGCUCUCAUUGAUAUUCAAGAGUACUAUGAAGAGAUACUGCACGGUGUGGUCAGGUCUCCAGAACAGGUUGCACAAGAGGCAGACGUUAUUGCAAGGAAGUGGGAAAGGCAGCCAGCAUCCACUGCCGCGUCUUCUGAUGAGGUGUCAGACGAGCCCCUGCCACCCCCACCAGAAGACAUAAAACCUCCAGAUGAUGAGCCCUUGCCAGAGCCAAAUGCUGUUGUUACAAGUAAUAGCACAAAGGCCGAGGAGUUAUACGAAGAAGAGGAAAUAAGAUUAAGACGCGGAGGAACUGGUCUGGGUUUUAGCAUUGCCGGAGGGACGGACAACCCUCAUAUUGAUGAUGACACAGGAAUUUACAUCACAAAGAUUAUACCUGGUGGUGCAGCCCAUCAAGAUGGUCGCCUACGAAUCGGUGACAGCAUCCUUCAAGUAAAUGACGUUAGCACAGUAGAUGUCGAACAUUCUGUGGCUGUGGAGGCGCUUAAACUGGCUGGAGACGAAGUUUUCCUGAAAGUGAAAAGGCAACAGAUUCAGCUUUCCUCUGUCCAGCAAGUUGAGAUCACGCUGCAUAAAGGUGCUACUGGACUUGGCUUCACAAUCGCUGGCGGCAGAGACAACCAACACAUUCCUGAAGAUAAUGGCAUAUAUGUGACAAGGAUCAUCGCAGGUGGCGCUGCUCAGCAGGAUGGCAGACUUCAAGUUGGCGAUAGAAUAUUGCAGGUGGAUGGCAAUGAUCUCAGUGAUACAACCCACGAAGAAGCUGUUACUGUACUAAAAUCGACCGGUCAGACGGUCAACCUACUCAUUUCUAGAGGAGUUCUUAUGGAUGAUACAUUAGCCAGCACGCCUUCGCCUACCUUUGGAGUAAAAACCAGCGAAGAUAACGAGGUCACUACCACGCCUGUUGUUGUGUCUCAAGAGGAAGCCCCAAUUCAGGAUGUCAUGCCAAUAAAUCCUCCAUUAUUAGACCAAAGUAAAGACGAACCGGAGGGUGAACAGUUUACAAGGGAGCAACGAACAGUUGUAUUGAUACGAGGUCCCUCAGGUCUCGGAUUCAAUAUUGUUGGUGGUGAGGAUGGCGAAGGUAUCUUUAUUUCCUUCAUACUUGCUGGAGCUCCUGCAGAUCUGAGUGGCAAUUUGAGGAGAGGGGAUCAAAUUGUGUCGGUGAACAAUACCGACCUUCACACUGCCACCCAUGAGCAGGCUGCACAAGCUCUGAAGAGCGCUGGAAGAGAAGUGACCCUAGUUGUCCAGUAUCGCCCAGAAGAGUACAACAGAUUCGAGCAGAAAAUUCAUGACUUGCGAGAAAGAAUGUUGAACACAACUGGGGGUGGAAGUUUGAAAACAUCAGCAAAAAGGACCCUUUACGUCAGGGCAUUGUUUGAUUAUGACAAGGCCAAGGACAGUGCUUUGCCAAGCCAGGGUUUGAGUUUCAAUUACGGCGACAUAUUGCACGUGACUAAUGCAAGUGACGAAGAGUGGUGGCAAGCUGUUAAGUUGAACAGCGAAGGAAAUGAAGAGGAAAGGGGUGUCAUCCCAAGCAAAAAGAGGGUUGAAAGAAGGGAAAGGGCUCGCCAGAAGACUGUUAAAUUCAAAGCGGCAGCGGCAGGAAACGAAGACAAGGGGACAUCCUUUUCGGCCAAACACGGUAAGCGUAGUUUCAACUUCGCCAAACAUUUUCCUUUCAAGAACAAGAAAGAAAUGGAGGGCGAAGGAGCUGAUGCUGACGCCACUUCAAAUGCUAGUGAUAGCGAGACUGCUGGUCGCCCGGAGGACAUAAUUCUCACUUAUGAAUCUGUCGCUCAGCAGGAGUUGAAGUACACUAGGCCUGUUAUCAUCCUUGGGCCCUUGAAAGACAGGCUCAACGAUGAAUUGAUACAGGAGUUCCCUGACAAAUUUGGAAGCUGUGUCCCUCACACAACGAGGCCAAGACGGGAAUACGAGGCUGAUGGACGGGACUACCAUUUCGUUGAAUCUCGGGAACAAAUGGAAAAAGACAUCCAGAACCACCUUUUUAUCGAAGCUGGUCAAUAUAAUGAUAAUCUUUACGGCACGAGUGUAAAUUCUGUAAGGGAAGUGGCUGAAAAGGAAAAACAUUGUAUCCUUGAUGUAAGUGGCUACGCAAUAAAAAGACUGCAAGUAGCACAACUGUACCCAGUAGCUAUUUUUAUCAAGCCGCUGAGUCCUGAGUGGAUGAUGGAAAUCAAUAAACGGUUAACUACCGACCAAGGACAAAAGCAGUAUGAACGGGCCUUGAAGCUCGAACACGAGUUUGGAGAAUUUUUUACUGCAAUCAUCAGCGGGGAAACCUAUGAAGAAGUCUAUUCAUCCGUCAAGAAAGUCAUUCGUCAACAGUCAGGCCCGAUCGUUUGGAUUCCGACUCGAGACAAGUUAUGAGAGACAACUAGUUCAAAUGCUGCAGGGUGUGUACGACAUUCAUGGGUUCUUCCAUGGGAAGUUAUUUGUAUUACUGGUGCUUCCAUUUGAUUGACUAUGGCAGUAUUUCUGCUUUCACCUACGACACGUGCAGUGCAGCUAGCGAUCGUACUCUUUUCACUUAGUCAUGUAGAUAUUUCAGUCUGAAUUCUUUACGACACGCCUAAUCAUGAAUAAGUUAGAAACAGUAGCUCGCUUGCAUUCAGCAAGUUUGCAAGUUAAUGUAUCUAUGCGUGAUCUUUUGUAGUGUAUAUAGGCUAAAUGUUCCCUACCACCAUAUAUGGUACUGCAGUUUUGGAUUUUGCGCGUACUUUGGCAGUCGUGAACAAUUCAGACAUAACCAGAAUCUUAAGCUUAACCACUAUAAACAAAUUCUAGUGAUGCUUUUGAAAGCCAUAAAUUUAUAUUUGAUUUGUUUUAAUUUGCUAUAUUGUCACUGACGUUUGCCAUUCGAUUGAGGUUUGUAACUUUAAUUUCUUCUGGAUGUAGCUAUGAUAAUUGCCUCGCUUCUGUCUCUAGGCCUCUUUCCUGUCUCUAGCCUCAGAUCUAAUUUUAUUAUUUAUCUCCAAAUAGAAUGUUAGUUGAUAUUUUAUUCAACCAUAUUGUUUUACUAGACACCAUUUCGCUAUUCUAAAUUGGAGUCUUAUAUGAUGAUCAUAUUUCUGAUAAUUUCGUGGUGGUGUUGACCCAUAAGCCUGUUGAGGUAUUAAACAUGUUUCAAAUCCCACAAUGUAAUCUGUUUUCGUCCCUUACCUGAAAACCGUCUACAUGUUUGAAUGCAGAUAACAUAUUUAAAUCAACUAUCCGUUUCUUGCAACGUCUAUUUGAUGCUGUCUUGUUAUUGGUUAAUAUUAUGUCAAAAAAUGCCUUUGGUGGAGAGAAUUUGAAGACACUCUCUCAAAGCACAAAAUAUUUUCAUGUCAUCCAUUAAAUUCAUUUCAGCGUAUUGCUAGGCUAAUGGUGUUUCAACUAAUAUAGGGCAAUAUUCGAUAAAAAUCGAAGUCGUUCAAUUUUACCGAUUCCGUUUCCCAUUUCAAAAUAUUCCUGCCUCUAGCUUUUCAUUUCGCCUUAAGAUCAAUUUGAGUAUUUACCAUGCGCUGUAGUUUGCCUUCAAUGUUCGAUUCCUAUAACCGAGUAUUAGUCUCAUUUCAGCUAAAGCACUCCAACUCCGUAAGAUGAUUAAUCUUAUACGACAGCAGCUCUCGUGCCUCCUGUGUCAUAGACUCGUUACGAUGAAGCCCUAAAUGAGUCGAAACCCUCUAGCCUUAUAACAGAACACCAUUUUUGUAUUAUUGGGUACUCUAAUAUUACACCGUCCUUGGCAUUUAAUACCCUCUUACCAUCUUAAAUACUGAUGGGUUCAUAUGUUGAUACAUCCCAGCCACUGUAAACUAAAGCGCUGUUACGUAUAUUAUUAGCAUCAAUUUUUAGCUUGUUUUUUGGUUGUAUCAAAGAUAAUUACGUAGAUGAUAAAUUGUCACCUUUCGUUGUAGAGCUAUCUCAUUAUGGUGUUAUUUUUUUUAAUUUAUGAACAUUGGUUGUUAA